AGAGAAAAAGGACCGACCGAGCUGGAGCCCCCGGGGCCCGCAGUCGGCUAUUUCCAGCCCAGGCUCCAUAGCAUUAGCUCCCCACUCUCUGCAUAUUUAAUGCGGUAAUGGACGUUAAUGGACUAGCCGCCCAGCCCAGCUGGGAAGGGGCCCGCGGGGCUGGGGCUGCAGCUGCAGCUGCUCAGCUCACCCUUUCCUGCUGGGGAGUAGCGGCCCCGCUCCUCGGCCCAGCCCGGCGGGGAUGGCUCACUGGCCUCAGCUGCCCAGACACUCGCCUCCCUCGCCCCCACCCACCUGCUCGUCGGAGCCUGGAGUUCGUGGUCAGCCUACAGACGCUGGAACUUUCCUUCGCAAGAGUUCUCUCCUCCGACUCUCCUGGCACAGCUGCGGCCGAGUGCCACGUCGGUCCACUGGUGGGCCGGUCGGUCCGGGAGCGGAGCCCAGCCCGAGGGGCCAGUACAAUGACUGACUCUUCUGUCCCUCACACUCCUGCAUUUCCUCAGGCACUGCUAAUCCCUCACAUCCCAAGUCAAAGCCUGCUAAUGGGAACUAUCACCUCCCCAUCCCAGUUCAUCCCUGCUGUGACUGAACAGCAAAACCUGGAGAAAAUGGAAGGAAGGUGUAAGGAAUUGAGGAGACAGACCCUGAACAACUCUCAUCUAGGCUACUUCCAGGGAUGGGAUGGUGGAAGAGGAGAGGACGUGCUCUUGGAAGAUGCCACCAGGCCUCCAGAGGCCCUUUCGUGAGAUAAAGAAUAAUCCUCCCCACUCCAGGCAAAAAAAAAAAAAAAAAAGACCAGCAGCCCUAGGGAGCACAGGACACUGGUUAAUUUGACCAUUUUUUGAAAUACAGCAGACCAAAGUUCAGAAGGUAAUAAAAACAUGGGUCCCUGGGGAGUCACAAGGAACUGAGAUGAAAAUUCAAGUCUUCUGAUUCCAAGUCUUGUGUUCUUUUCCUCUUCUGCCAUGAGGAAAUAUUAUGUGUCUUAAGUGGUGAAUGUCUAACCUUAAAGAGCUGCUCCACACGUACCUUAAAGGCGCUCUCAGACUCCAUGGAUAACAAGUCGCCAUCAAACGGAAUGAGGUCGAGGCUGUA